GCUGCUGUCUUCUUUCGCCAGCGGAAGUGCUCAUAUCAACGACUAAACCGCUACAGGAUGAAGCGCGGCGCUAACUUUUAUCCGUAACCUGUUAAUAACAAACAUAGACCCGUGCUUGCUUUAUAGACUCUAAUUUUGCUUGUCUUUCCAAACGGGGAAAGAAGUUCAGAAAAACAAAAGGUAACGUUUAUCUUAUGCAUCAUCCGAGCGGAGCUGGUGCUGAAUGUGCGGGAAUCCGCUGUCUGUGAAGCUAGAACGCUAAGCUAAGCGCUAGUCCCAUGCUAGUUGGGUUUGUAAUGAGAGAGCGCAGCGCGAGCGCCUGUGGACAUGGCAGCGGGCGCUAAAGCCGCUUCUGGCGGCUCUUUUGAGGCGACAUUAGAGAGGAAGUUUCGAACCGUGAGCAACACGAUGGACUCUAUUCAAGGGCUGUCAACGUGGUGCAUCGAUAACAAGAAAUACCAUAGCCUCAUUGUACGGCACUGGAUGAAGUGUCUGAAGAAAUCUGACUCAGCUCACCGCCUCAACCUGCUGUAUGUCGCCAACGAUGUCAUUCAGAACUGCAAAAGAAAGAACGCCAUCGUUUACCGGACGGCGUUUGCAGAACUGCUUCCAGACGCCUUUCUGCUGGUCAGCCAUGAGGGCGACUCCAAGGUUCAUAAGUCCGUGGAGAGGAUUCUGUCCAUCUGGGAGGAGAGGGAUGUGUAUUCAGGAGCUCUAAUUGCUGAGCUGAAGAACAUCUUAACCAAAGAAGAUUCUCCUCCUGCUGAACAACAAACUCCAGUGGAGUCAAAGGCGGAUCUACGCUCUAAAGUUCUGGCUGAGUUUGUGCCUCAGGCCCUGUUGGACCAGCUGUCCAAGUACAAAAGGUCCCUGGAGGAGGUUGACCUCCGGGAGAAACAGCUCGCUGCCAUGAGGGUCGAUAUCUUCAGCACUGAUGCUCUGAAGAAACUCAAAGACAAAACAGGAGGAAAGAAGUUCUCCAAGGACUUUGAGGAGGGAAGCGCACAGCUCCACGAGUUUGUGAAGUUCUUCGAGAAGCAAAUGAAAACCGGCCCUCAGCUCCUGGAGGCCCUCACUAAUGCAGACAUCUUCUAUGAGAUGCAGUACAAGGAGGUCAAGAUUGUUGCUAACGCCUACCAAACGUUCGCUAACCGGGUCUCCCACCUAAAGCGGAAGCUCGAUGCCCUGAAAGCGAGUUUGCCAGACCUGGACGACUCCCCCAUCCCCUCACCGUCUGCCGACGCGCCGUCCCCCACCGGCUCAGAGAGCCCCUUUCACGGCCUGGAGCUGGCCCGGCCCGACCCGGAUCUCGAUGGCUCCGCCAUGGAUGACGAUGCGGAGCCUCCGGCGCCGAGUCCCCUGUCUUCGCCGGGAGCGUCCCCCAGAAACCCAGAGGUCCUCGGGGGGAACGACAAUCGUGAAGUGGAGGACAUGGAUCUGUCGGACGAAGAGGCGGACGACGGGCGCAUUAUAGUUGAGGAGCAGAUUAAAUCUGCCCCCCUCCCUAAAGUGUCCACUCCAGUCACUGCAAAAAUCUGCUCCUCUGCAGCCACAGAUCCAACCGCGGGUCAGGUCCUGGCCCCUCCGGCACCUUUCAGAGCUGCAGUGGAAACCGCGACUUACACAGGACCAACCAUAGAAAAACCUCCACCUGCUGCACCUGUGGUCCUAGGAAAUGCCAGUUCGCUGGUCAGCCUUCUCUCCAAGGUGGAUGUGAGUCCGGCGGAUCUUCUCAGCGCUCUGUCUAAAGUCCAGAGCCAGACCAGCCUCCAGGGCAUGACCACCAUGUUGAACAGCCCUGCUGCCGACGUCCCAGAAUGCAACAGUGCCGAUAAGAUAACCCCGUCUCCGUUAUCCACGUCUCCGGCGGCCGCACCCCUCCAGAGUCCGUCACUCUCUUUUGAAGCAUCCGUGCCUUCGUCCGUCUCCUCCACCCAGCCGAAGGCCUCAGCCCCCCACCAGACCUCCAACAAAGCCUCUGCCCUGGUCCAAGCGCUGCACAGGGACAUGGAUUUGACAGCAGAGCCAGAAACCCCCUCCUCCUCCUCCAGCUUAGAUUCGAAAAUCCACAGUUUCCUAAAAGGAAACCCGGCUUUCAGUGCUUUCGACUUGGGCUUCUCGUCCAACUCAGCUCAGGGGGGGAGCAGUCUCAGCACGGACACGCAGGGAGGGACCCCUGUGAGGGACGAAGGGGGAGGGACCCCGACUCAAGAUGAGAUCUUGGACAAACCGGCAGUGGCCCCGUUCGCUUCCAGCAGAAAUGUGUUGUCUGUUGGCGAAGCUGCUGGGAAAGCGCCACUGGCCUUUGAUAGCCUCCUUCCAGCCCCCGCCAAACCCCAGCAGCAGACACGCCCCCAGCCAGGUACGGCCCAGAACGGGCAGGUGUACCAGCCGUACCCCGGGGCCGCGCUUCCCGCUGCGCCCUACCAGCAGGUUUCUUCGCAGGCCGCUGCCCCAGGGUGUGUUGCUAACACGCAGAAUGUGGGGGGGUUUCCGGGGGCAAAUGACAGAAACUGGUACGGGAAUAACUAUAAAGAGGGGGGCUCCCAACAGCCUGGGGGUUACCAUGGAGCAGUGACUGACCGUGUUGGAGAAAACAAGCCGUCUGGGGUUUUCCCAUUCCAAACGGAGCCAACUCAGGACCUUCAAAGGUUUGCCCCCCAGCAGGUGCCCACAGCAGCCCCCAGCUUUUUUACCAGCACCCUCCCUCCUGUUCCAAAGCUCCCGCCUCCCCCACCCAUUUUUGACAAUAUGCCUCCCCCAACCAGCAACACAGCCGUCCCUCCGGAGCAGCUUCACAGAGAGGAGCCGGGGCUGGGGAGGGACAGCGCCCUCGGUGGCAUGGUGGUCAUGGAUCAUCAGCACAAGUCUCUGCUGCACUCUGAAGAUCCCAUGUACGACGCCGACCCGUGGCAGCCCCACCCCCCCGAGGACCUGCAUUACCAGGAGGGGCCGGAACAGUAUCACAACAACGCCCGGCAUGACUUUCCCCACGAGACCUUCUACCCCCACGAGGAGCCCUUUUUCCCACCGGGCAACCACCAGCCUUUCCCCAGAGGCCGGGGGCGGCCCGUCCCCCCCAUAGGGGGAGAUUCUUACUACGACUUCCAGCAGCGGCCCCCGCCACCACAGUUUAUGCCACGGCGGCCUCCUCCACUUCACGAACACCGCCAUCCCGGACCCCGACCUCUGCACCGCCCCCCUCACCCCAGGGGGCCGCCCCACUUACCGUUCCAGCGGUUCCACGGUCCCGAGCCAAGGUUAAGGGUCAAGCGGCCGGGCCCAAGAGGAGGGGGUCCGAUGUUUGCCCCAAAGAGACCAUUUCUGCCGCCGCGGUUCUGAUGGGGCGUCGGCGGUGGACACUGAAGAAGCUCCUCGCUGGCUGUUGAAAAGUCCACGGAAAACAUGGGGAGGGGCUUGGCAGCGACAACCCCCCCACCCCCACCCCACCCCCCAAGAAAAAAUGGAGGAAACGUCAGACGAGCGCUGAAGACGAAGAACACAGAGACACGGAGGUUCUGAGGGCGGCUGAGCCGAGGAGCCGAGACAGAAGAUGAAAGGAAACAGAGGUGGAUGCAUAUACUUACAUAUAAAUAUACAUAUAUGACUCACUUUGGUGUUUUCUGCUUCAACAUGAAGAUUCGUGGUAGCAGAGUGAGGCCUGCAUGUCCUCCACUGUGAGUUCAAAUCAAAAAUUACUCAUUUUUAGUUGAAUUUGAAAAUAUUUUUGCUACAAAGGUUAAAAAAAUAAAAAGGUUGUAAAUAUUUCAUAUUUUCAAGCCGAGCAGUUUUGACUGCUCCUCUUGCACUUCAGCCUUCAGUCGAGUCUAACGGUUAUUUCCAUCGAUGUUGGGUUGUUUUGUGAGCAGAUGAUCUUUCCAGUAGUGCAGGAAAAACCUUCGGUGAUAGAUGUACGUCUCGAGUUUCCACCGAAAGAAAACGUUAAAAAGUUCUUGACGGAGCAAAAGGUGGAAGUUGUUCUUUUUUCAUUUUUUUUCCCCGGGCCCUGACAGCGACGCAGAGGAAGCACACUUCUGGAGGAGAUGAAGAUGUUUGUCUUCAGUUUUAUUUCCUUGUACUGAAUAAUAAAAAUCUGAAUUUGAAAAAAAA